UCCUUUUUUCUCCUGUAAUACCGCUAAGUGUUAUUUUUCUAUAUUUUACCGCCAUGCAGGUCGUAGGCACAUUUCAAAUACAGUUGAUAAUUAAUGUCUGUUUGCACUUUUUAUCCCCGAACUCUUGGUAGAACGGACCGCAUACAGAAUGAACUGCUCAUUUCGCCAUGCGAAAGACAUUAACGUAGGCGAGCAGCGUGUUAACGACGUCAUGCGACUCGUUGACAAUUGGCCUCUGGAUGUAGUCUGGAGCCUCAGGUUAUGCCUCUGUGUGCUUGAAAAUGCAAUUAUGUCGACCUUUUAAAUUCGAGACGGGACGGCUAAAUCGACUAUUUUCGAGACCCAUCCAUGGAUCCACUGCGAGUCCUACUCUACUUUAUCAUUCAGAACUGGCUCCAAAUUCAGAAACCCGGAAACCAGGAACUGGCGUGUUGAACGGUGCACAAGGAAGCCACAUCUUACGUUUCAUUCCAUCCUGACCGAGAACUUUGCUGGAAGUGACGAGUCAGAACUGAGGUGCUCGUGUCUCUCAAUGCAGACAGUAACAUUUAGUGUCUACAAAUAACCACUUGUUAACUUCGUGACAAGUGCUGCUCACAGUCGGAGACAGUGCAGGAAUCGUUACCUGAAUAAUAUACAACGACAUCGAUCGAAGACACUUUUUCUCAAACAUUAAAGGCUGAAGAACAUUGAUCGAUCCUGUGGUUCCGUUUCCUAUCUUCAACGUGAUAGACAGUGAACGUGAUGAAGCAAAGACUUCAUCCGCCCCUGACAAAGAGAAUGACGAACCAAAGAGACGUCAGAAUGAAAUUCUCUCUUUAAUUGAAACUCACGUGAAAGAAUAGGUGUCUCGGGUAAACGAGGAAUCAAGCCCGGCCUUAGACAAUUGACCCCCACCAUGCAGACGAUUAGGGGAGAGUUCCACUCUUCGAUCAGAAUAACAAUUUUCUUCAUGAAGUGCAUCGGCGCGUGGGCAGCAGACACCUUCGCUGAACAAAUUCGUGGAUACGUCGCCGUGUUUUAUACACUGGGGACGAUUUGUACGGCCAUCGUCACGAUGAGCAGGGACAUGUACUUCUCUCGGAGUAACGUGAAUGAUCUCCUUUUCGCUACAUGCAACGUUUUAUCUAUAUUACUGACGACAGUAAAAAUAGUUACUGUCAUGAUACACAAAACGGAAUUCUUCGAAUUGAUUUCACACAUGAAACAUAAUUUCUGGCACGCCGAGUAUAAUGACAACGAGAAAGAGAUCCUAGGCCAAUCCUGGAAAAUUUGUAUUUUAUUUGUCACGAUCGUUACCGUCACCGGCCACGGUGCAAUCCUUGGUUACAUCGCAACGCCGAUCAUUGAUAAUAUGGGAAAAAAUGAAAGCGACAGAGUACUUAUGUUCAACAUGUGGGUCAAAGCACCCUUAUGGAAGACUCCCUAUUACGAAAUGAUGUUCUUAUUGCAGAUAUCUAUAUUGUAUCAAGUUAGCAUUUGUUACUUUAGUUUCGACAAUAUUUUGUGCAUUAUAAGCAUACAUUUAUCAGGACAGUUUCGUAUACUUCAAUACAGGUUGAAAACGUAUUGUCACGUGGAAAAGAAUAUGGGAGAUGAAAAUGGAAAUGGCAAUGUGGUGAUAAACGAUGUCAGUAAAUCUUACGAGAAAUUGAAAAAUUGUAUUCGACAGCACCAGAGGCUCAUCGAUUUUUCUACGAAGCUCGAAAAUGUGUUCACAUUGGCGAUAUUGGCACAAGAUAAUUCAAGUACUGUGAAGCGUUGCGGUUUUAUCUCCUUUACUAUGGGCAGCUCGUUAAUGCUGCUGAUGUUCACCUACGGUUGCCAUGGCAUAGUAGACGAGAGUAACAACAUUGCCCGGGCAGCGUACUCGGGACUAUGGCCACAUAUGUCGAUGAACCGAACUGGGAAAUCGCUGAGAAGGGAUCUGAUGAUAGUCAUCGCGCGAUCCAGAAAUGUCUGCUCCCUUACGGCGUUUGGAUUUUUCCCGAUAUCACUAGAGACUUAUACUAAGAUUAUGAGUAGCGCGGUAUCGUACUUUACUCUAUUGAGACAAAGCACAGAGUUUUCAGAGCAAUCUGAAUUAGAAACAAUACCCGACGAACUUAUUAAUUUAUAGCUAUCGAAUGCGCGUGAUUUCUAACAUGAUUGUUUCGGAAGAAGAGUACAUCGACGCCAAAAUGAUUUAGGUACUAAUUCUAAGUAAGUAAUUUUGUAUUUUUAGACGACAAAUAUAUUUGAGCAAAAUGCAUAUGGUA